AUGGACCUGCUGACACCAGCAACAACAGGCAAUAUUUCUCCAACUUCUCAGACGAGCCCCAAUCCGCUGCCGAUGGGCUUUUUGAAGACCUUUAGCGGCGUCCAGAAAAAAGUAACGCGAGACGGUCAACCUCCCAAGCGGCGAGGCCCAAAACCUGACAGCAAACCAGCACAGACACGCCGGCAGGAGCUCAAUCGGCAAGCACAGAGGACCCAUCGUGAAAGGAAGGAACAGUACAUCAAGGCUCUGGAGACGGAAAUGUCAAGACUCAGAGAAAGAUAUGGAGCCGAUACCAUAGUGAUGAAAAACACGCUAGACCAGCAUCGGAGUGCCCUGGCCGAACAACAGACGGAAAACAUCAUACUGAGAGAUAUCCUAGCCUCACAUGGUAUCGAUUUUCAGGCGGAAUUCCAGAAUCGGAAAGUAGCCAUGAUGAUGCAGCCUCGGAAUGGCUCUUUUGCUCAACCAAAUACUGGCUCCGGGUCCGGCAGCUACGCGCAGAUUUCACCAACAUCAGCAACUGUUUCCGGUCGUUCUCCUCGCUCAGCAAUAGGGCAGAAAUACAGCAAUGGCCGUCUAGCCAGUGCCACUGAAGCUCCAAUGUCGGGCGGUGCCUUUCAUGGGCACUCGCAAGCAGAACCUGGAAUAUCUGAACGUGCUAUCAAACAAGAGCCUACAGGCAUUCCUGAUAUGCCUGGUAUAUUCGAGCGCAAUCAGCAGCUCGGCAUCGACUUCAUACUUGCACUUGAAGCCACGUGCCGUGAUCAUGGGGAGUAUCUAGUGCGUCGCUCAGUUAAUUCGCCUGACAACCCCGAAGAAGCCCAAUUCUCAGGUCAUGCCCUGAUGGCAUGUUGUCCGCCCCCUACACAUAUCGACACUGUGCCAGCACAACAAGGAGGGUUACAGCCGACCUAUCCGCACCAAGUCCCGAACAUUCCCGCCGACACUCUUAACAUCCUCCUCAAUCUAAGUCAACAGAUAGCAGGCGAAGGACAUAUGGAAGGAGGGCAGGUAACACCAAUCAUGGCCCUGCAGCAGCUCAAGUCUCAUCCACAAUAUCUGUCCCUGACCGCAGAGGACGUAAGGGCAAUGACCGAGUCAGUCAAGAAAAAGAUACGGUGUUAUGGAUUCGGAGCAGUCAUGGAAGAUUUCGAGUUGCGGGAUGCGUUACAAGCUAUAUUUGCGUCGAAGUAUGGCUAUUAUGAUCAGGGGUAUGGUGGUGAUGAGCAGCUACGAGCAGACGAUUUAUGA